AUGGUUGCUAGGUGCCUUUACUCUGGCAAAGGUUAUAUGAUUCCUUUGAAUCAAUGUAUGAGCUACUCUGAGUUGUAUGAAGACAUUUUCCGUACAUUCCAGUUUUUGCCAAGUGAUGUUAUUGAGCUUCAGUAUUCAGUUCCUGGUUAUGAAGUUUGUUUUCUUCGUAACGAUCGUGAUUUCCAGAUGAUGUUUUGCGCUGCUAGAAUACAUAAGUUAGAUUGUGUUGAGAUUUCUGUGUUAAAGAUUGGUGGAAGUUGCAGCAGAACUUGUUCAGUGGAUAGUUGUUCGGAAGUUAUUGAUGAAGACGAUUAUUUGGGGGAGGCAUUCAGAACUGAAGUUCACAAGACGUAUUUGUCUGAUAAGUGGAGUUCUUAUAUUCAUCAUGUUGAGGAGAAGUUUCAUGGUGUUGCCGAGCUCCGUGAGAAGCUCAGGAAGUAUGCAAUUGCAGUUGGUUUCGAGUUUGUAUUCCUGAGAAAUGAUUUAGACCGUAUUCAUGCAGUCUGUGCAAUGUUGGAACCGAAGGGUGUAGUUAGGACUCAAAAGCAUAAUCUUUUGGGAUCCAAGGUUGUCAAGACUGGCAUUGCUGCUGAUGUUAGCUAUAAUCUUUCAUUGAAGCCAAGGGAGAUUAUGAGCAAGUUCAAAUCAACAUAUGGGUUUGAUAUUUCCUACAAGAGGCUUUUCGUAGCUUACGGAGGUUGUGUUGAAGACUUCCAAUUAUGUUUGCCUGUGUUGUAUGUUGAUGGAACGUUUGGUAAAAGCAUUUACAAGGGUCAGAUUCUUUCUGCAACUAGAAGGAAAGGAAAUCAAGGAAGAGUCAUCACAUUUAUUAGUGAUCGAGGUACUGGAUUGUUGAGUGCUUUCGAUAAGGUAUUUGCUGGUCAUCCUCAUCUGUUUUGUUACAAGCAUUUGGUGGCAAACCUUGCCGGUAAAUAUAGGGGUAAAGGUAAUUCUGUCUUGAUAGAAGAUGUUAAGCAGAAGUUUUUUAAGGUUGCAUAUUCCUCUACUGAGAAGGAAUACCGUUUCAAUUUGCGGUUUCUUAGAGCAGUUGGUGGUGCCAAUAUUAUUGACCCUUUUCUUGCUAAAAUCCCUGUGGAAAAUUGGUGUCGUGCAUUUUAUACUAGCUGCCGAUAUGGAAUUAUGGCUAAUGGGAUUGCUGAAUCAUUUAACUCUUGGAUUGCAAAUGAGCGUUUGAUGCCGGUCUAUUGUAUGCUGGAUCAGACAAGAAUAAAACAAAUGGAGCAGAUGGGUGAGAGGAGGGAUGAGGCACAACGUUGGACCACAGAACUAACUCCCAAAAUGGAGGAAAGGUUGAAGGUGCAGAUGGAGAAAUCUCAUCGUUUCAGUGUCCAUUAUUCUAGCCCUGGAGUUUACGAGGUUCUAUCUAACUUUUCCUAUGUAGACAACAUUUCUGAUCAUUCAAAUUCAUGUGUGAAAUGGCAGAUCAAUUGUUUUUCUUGUCCUCACGGCCUUGCUGCAAUACAAGCUGCCUCUGAAAAUGUCUAUGAUUAUAUUGAUAAGUACUUUCGUGUUGAUAUGUUCAAGAAGAGCUACAGUUUUCCUAUCCGGCCGAUAACCAAUGUUGAUAUGUUUUCUUCUGAAUCUGCAACUGACUGUAUAUUACCUCCCCUUGUGAAGAGGCCACCCGAGAGGCCUAGGGUGAAGCGGUUCAAGUCGGUUGGAGAGGUUGAAAAGAAGCUGAUUCGUUGUGGCCGUUGCGGCAAAAUGGGUACUCAUCACAAGUUGAGCUACACAGAACCUCUCGUUCAGCAGUAG